AUGAUGGCAGCUCUGGAAAAGGCUCUUGAUAUUCUUGGAAACACCAUUUUAGUCGGAGAACCUGAAAUUGUUAUUCAGAAAAGUAAUGUGAUCAUGACAUUGGUGAAAACAACUUUACAACGUCUAUUCAAUCUAACACAGAACACAGCCAGUUUCAGUAUGGAUUUCAGCAAUUCCACCGAUAAUUGGAAUACAACUGAAGAAUUGCAAAUAAAAACUGCAGUCUGUAACAAGAUACCACAAUAUCACGGUGGAGGGGCAAGCAAACUGACAUCAAAAGGAAUCAUGGUAGAUAUCAAACACUUAAACGGCUCCAGGGCAAACCUAAGUAUGAGUAUGCAGAUAUCUAAUGAAGGAGUGGCAUUCUCCAAGACUUACCAGCCGUUCUAUAUCAAGAAUGGUCCAGACCAAAUGUUCUAUUUUACAUUUCAUGUGCCGAGUGAAAAUGAUGCCGUGAUUUUUUAUAUCCGACCUGAAACUUUCAAUCCAUUUGAAUUCACUUCAUUCGCAUUGUAUGACGUAUAUGUUCGUUAUAACGAUAUUCCGUCAACUUCAAUAUUUGAUUGGACGUAUAGCAUGACAAUUAGGGACUGGGUUAAUACUGAGUACGGAUUCAAAGUGUUUGUGCCGGAAAAUACACUCGGUACUGGCAGGAGUUUUUUGGCACUGAAUCCACUUACUGCACCACCACCAGCCGAGAUAAGUAACAGAUUGCGAAGAAGGCGAUCGGCAGAUCAAAAUUUAACCAACCAAACAACAUUAUCAAAUACAACACGCGUGUUUGAACCUGCUGACGUCAACUUCACUAUGGUGAUUGUGACAACUGGUUGCCGCACUUGGAAUGAAAAUGAUCAAAUGUGGAUAUCCACUGGUUGCACUGUUCUCCCCUUUUCCACAUUGAACGAGACUUUAUGCAGCUGUCCUGGUGCCACUGGAAAUAUGUUUGCAACCACAUUCGCCAACAGUAUAAAUUUCUCGACUGUUUGGUCAAAGUUUGAUGCCAGUAAUGCCUCUGUGUACGGUACGCUCAUAGCGGUAGUGGUAUUGUACAUAAUGGUGUGCAUAUGGGCCAGACGGAGAGACCGACAAGAUAACGAAAUGUGGAAAACCAAGUUCCUGUGUGACAGCGAUAGCACUGACAACAGUUUCUAUCUGUUAACCAUCCAUACAUCCAUGAGACGUGGAUCAGGUACAAAAUCAAACGUAAAUUUCGUUGUUGGGAGUGAUGAUAUGGAUACAGGUGUCAGAAUUCUCAGUGAUGGACAUAAAACGGGAUUUCCGACUGGUAGUGUUCGCACGUUCAUUAUGGGGACAUUUGAAUCCCUCGGAAAUCUACAAUAUAUUCGAAUCUGGCAUGAUAAUUCUGGUAAGGGAAACACCGCCUCCUGGAAUCUACAUAAAAUAACGAUUGACGAUCUACAAAUCAAUAAAAGAUAUGUGUUCCUUUGCGAGAACUGGCUAUCUGCAGAUCAUGAAGAUGGACAAACUGUUAGAACCAUUCCGGCAUGCACCAAUGAAAAACUGAGUGAAUUUAACACCUUAUUUCCUGAAUACGUGAGACAUGGUAUUACUGAAGACCACCUAUGGUUUUCUACAUUUAUACGUCCGGAAAGAAGCAGCUUUAGUCGAUUCCAACGAGUCUCUUGCAUUCUUAUGCUGUUAUUUCUUACCAUGAUAACAAAUGCCAUGUUCUUUAAGUCGGAGUCGGAAGAGACCACGUCAACAGCACAUGUUUCGGUAGGGAUAAUGCGGUUUUCCUUAUCCACGGUAUAUAUAUCUGUCUUUGGUAUCCUCACUACAACCGUUCCAGUCAUAGUGGUUACAUUACUGUUUACAUAUUCUAAACAAAAGUCACCGAAAUCAAGAAAGACCAAGCAUAAGUAUCUGGCUGAUGGACGACAGAACGCAUCUUUCAAUGACGUAAUGCUCUAUUCUAUGGAUCACCUGCCUCUUCCGGCCUUCGUUAGAAACAUAGCUUGGGUAAUUAUCGCCCUUGCUGUCAUUGCAUCUGCAUUUUUCCUAAUCCUCUUCAGUAUGCACUGGGGGCCAAGCAAAUCGCAGGAAUGGUUGUUGUCUUUUUUCCUCUCUGCAAUGUCAUCCGUUGUCUUCGUCGAUCCAAUGAAGGUGUUAUUUUUGGCCAUGGUGCCAAUAAUCAUCUGCCGGAAACCAUUUCAUAACAAAGCUCCGAAAAUGAAUUUAAAAAACGUUCGUGAACUUGCAAUGACAAUGAAUGGUAGUAAGAUUCGAGAUCUGAUAUAUUUUCGGUCGUCCAUUUUAUCCGAAGACACUUCUGUUGACAACGCAACGAUUAGGAAAGUACGUAUACAGCAUGAGAAGGAAAGAAAAGCUCUUCAAGCCUUCUUGGAGACCAUCUUCUACAUCAUCUUUUCGUAUGUUAUUUUUAGUAUCAGCUAUAUUGACAGGGAUGUGCGAUCCUAUCAAUUCAAAACGCAUCUCCUUGACAUGAUGGAUCCGCCUAAAACUGGAUUUAAGCAGAUACGUGAUGUACAGGGAUUCUUGAGAUGGUUAAAUGGCACGUUCUACCAGCAUUAUUUUCCAAUUUCCUACUACAAUGGAAAAACCUUGGGUGUGUUGGAUCGGCUAUAUAUUAGUGAUCUCGAUAACGCGAAGAUAGGUCCUUCACGUCUUCGCCUCGUCCGAAUGGUCAGAGGUAAGUGUCGGAAACUGGUCGAAAAUCGAUACUGUGUUCCUGACUAUAACAUAUAUGAUGAAGACGAUCGGUCUUAUUGUGUUGGAUGGAACGACAAUACAUCAUCAACCUGUAACAGUCCUUACUUAUAUUCUAUGGAUGCUUGGAGAUAUCAACAGUCCGAAGACAUUUGGGGCACACCUAUAACAGGCGACUAUGGUACGUAUGGGGGAGGAGGCUACAUACUGGAGCUAGAGAACAGGCUGGAGAGCUCCAGACUCAUUGUCGAGGAACUGAUACGUUAUCGGUGGAUCAAUAGAGAAACAAGAGCAGUGUUCUUAGAAUUUACACUUUACAAUGCCAAUAUUAACUUGUUCGUGUAUAUGGUAUUUCUAACGGAGUUCACGGGAAAUGGCGGCCUUCUGACAAGGGUUGACGUCCACCCUUUCCGACCCUACCAACACACAGGUGCCCUUGGUGUUUAUGCAUUGAUUUGCUACUUGAUUUACGUAUUUGCUUUGUUGUUUGGUACAAUAAAGUUGAUUUUGAAGCUGAAAAGUGAUGGCUUCCGAUGUCUACGCGUUUCCUGGAACUUGGUUGACAUGCUUUGCGUGGUGAUGAGCCUUGUAGCUGUAACGGUAUGGGUUCUGAGGUAUAUCUACACGAAACAUGCAAUGAACUUGUACUACAAUAACAUAGACUCUUUUAUCAAUUUCAAUCAUGUAGUCAUAUGGGAUUUGGUGUUUAAUAUCAUAUCGUCCAUAUUAGUCUUCAUCGCUAACAUAAGACUACUUCGACUUCUCGGUUAUAACAAGCGGAUGUCAGAACUAGCCAGCGUCAUAUCAAAUGCAGCUGCGGACUUAUUAGGUUUUGCAAUCAUAUUCAGCAUUGCAUUCCUUGCAUGGGCUAUGUGUGGGUACCUUAUCUUCGGAUCCCAGAUGUAUGAUUACAGAAGCGUAUUCACUGCAAUCGGAAGCCUUAGCAACUCCCUCAUAGGUAAAAACAAACUGGACAUAAUGAUACAUGCUUCACCUACGUUGGCUAAAUUGUUCUACUUUUCCUAUGUUCUAUUCGUCAUGAUGAUCCUGAUGACGAUAUUUGCAGUGAUUCUAAACCAGAGCAUCAAUACUGUUAGAAGCGAUACAGCAAAAUGUCCAAAUACGUUCGGAAUGAUUGACCUAUUGACCAAGACUGUCUACGCUUUGCUCGGAAUCACCAAAAAGAAACACACGCGAUCCACGUUCACAACAAACAGUUUCAAUCGCUACCUUCCUGGGAGCGGUAGCAACCCUCAGCUUGAUACAGCCAACAUUGUGAGGACUAUUCGAGACAUCUUCGGGGACACUUGGUUGAGCAAGGCGGCAGUCGAAGAAUGUCCAAGAAAGGAGAAUGUGGAUCAAGAAAUGGCUAUCACGGUAGCUCCAAUGCUUGAAGAACGACCACAGGACAAUGCCAUGUUUCGUGCGUUCAUGCCAGAACUUUUCAAUGCACCCAUUACAACAACGGCAUUGUUAACUAACGAGAAAGAUCUCAACACUCCGAUGUAUUUGUCCUACGCGUAA